ACUUAUAAAAGAAAAAAAGGAUUUAUAUUCAACAAAAACUAGUAUUUAUUAAAAGAAAUUCUAAAUUAGCAAUUCAUCAAAUAGAUGGAUCGGAAAAUACAAAACUUUUAAAAAUAUAGCAGUUUUGCUUUGAUGAAAAAAAGAAGUUUUCAAUUUUCCAAUAUGAAAUUUCAUAAAAUGUAUCACUGCAGCAAAGUAUUUGUAAUAUUAAUGGCAUGCGUGCCCUUAAUAUUAUGCGAAAAUACUUUGGUUACUACAGAGACUUCUGCGACAUUACAUGAACCAACUCAGGAAGUACAUACACCCGUAAAUACACGUAAUGCUGGUGAUGCAGAUUUAACAGCCCUAUGUCCCAAUAUGGUACGCUAUGUGUUUGAGAGUGCCAUGCCAAGGGAUGAAUUCAAAGCGGGAAUCUUUGAGAAAUAUCCCAAUACAGAGGAUGUAACAACGAACGGUGAAGUUGAUCUUCGUACUUGUGUGGAAGCUUGCUGUGAGAAGGGCAGAAAUAAUACUUGUAAUAUUGUUUUUAUGUAUAAACAUAAGUGCUAUCAUGUAAAAUGUGUUAGCAACGAAUCGUGUUUGCCCAAAGAACGUAGAAGUAUAGCAGAACGCAUACAAAUGGUUUUGGUGAAUCCUGUAAAACAAGCUCAUAGCGAUAAGGAACCAUUAUCUUGGUUGAAUUCGCUUAAAGCAUCAAAAGCUUUAAAUGAACUAAUGCCCUUGGAAGAAACUGAUGAAAAUAUAAAUUCUUUGAAUUUUUGGAAGCAACCUCACAAAUUUCCUUAUUUUACGCGUGCGGGAGCUGAUAAUAAUAACUAUGAUGAAGAUGAUUUUCCAAUGGCUGAAAAGAGAGUAAAACAAUUACUCAUGUCAUCAUCACUAGACGAAAAUGAUGGUAUUUUGCCAGAAGACUUAACGUACUAUAGGGAAAAUCUAGCGCCCGACUCAUCAUUACCAAAUUAUAUCACCUGUAGUUUGGACAUGACAUCUGGAGCUGAAAGUAGGUGCCCUUUAAAUGAAGAAUGUGCUGCUGUAAGGGUGGAUGUAACAACAGGAAUAUGUAAAUGCAGAAGAGGUUUUUUGCGUAAUCACUUAAGAGUUUGUGUUCCCGAUACUGUAGACUACAAUUUAUUAGACGAAUCCGGCUCGGCUCGUAGUUUACUCUUAGAAGCGUCUGCAUCAAAUGAGGCCACCACACAGCUAAAAUCUGAUGCCGAUCCUACACCCAAAACAGAAGCCAAUAAGAAACUAAUGGUUUCGGUGGUCUCGAAGGAGGUUCGUUUACCAGAAAAGGAGGUUACUUUGGCGGCGUUUACAGUACCCGAUGAAGAAUCCAGUAAUACUAAAUAUAAAUAUCUAUGGACCUUGAUUAAUCAGCCAAAAAGUCCCAUGAAUGGCACAAUAUCCGAUCAGAGCCAAUCAAAAGUGAAGUUGUCAAAUCUAUCAGAAGGUCUGUAUACAUUUAAAGUGACCGUCACUGGUGAUGGUACCUAUGGCGAAGCCAUGGCCAAUGUCACGGUAUUGCCAGAGAAAAGAAUUAACCGAGUACCCCAAGUGAUUAUAACACCGAGUGAACAAACAAUUAGGCAACCUACCACGAAUGCUAUAUUAGACGGCAGCACUAGUACGGAUGAUGACAAAAUUGUUUCCUGGCAUUGGGAAGUGGUUUCGGGACCCAUUGGUUAUCAACCUAAAUUGCCAGAAGUUAAUACUUUACAACUGACAGAUCUAACCUCGCCAGGAAAUUACACUUUUAAAUUGACUGUUAUGGACACAGACAAUGUUACAAACUUCACCACGGCCACUAUAACUGUAUUAAAGGGCACAGACUAUCCGCCCGUGGCAAAUGCUGGCGAUGCUGUUAUCUUAUAUUUACCCAACAACAAUGUCACACUCAAUGGCACCGCCAGUUCAGAUGAUCAUGAAAUUGUAGCUUGGGAAUGGACCAAAGAUGCAAGUGAUGAAGCCAAGGCCGUUGAUAUGCAAAACACCAGAACACCCUAUGUUCAACUCUCCAAUUUGGAAGAGGGCAUGUAUACAUUUGUACUAAAAGUGACGGACGGCAGCAGUCAAUCGAGUACAGCAAAAGUACAUGUGUUUGUUAAACCACCAACAAAUUCGCCUCCCUUAGCAGUAGCAGGAGUAAACAUGACAAUAAAUUUACCUACGAAUUGGAAUAUUUUGAAUGGUUCAGGAUCUUCAGAUGACAUUGGUAUUAAAACGUAUCGAUGGAAGGAAAUAUCUGGACCUAAUAAGGCGACCAUAUUAAAAGCGAAUGAAACGAUUGCAAAUGCUACUGGCCUCACCUUGGGCUUAUAUGAGUUUGAGCUUACUGUGGCAGAUGAAAGUAACAAUACUGCAUCUGACAGUAUGUGGUUGAAAGUGGUACAAGAAAAAAAUUCUCCUCCUAUUGCCAAUGCUGGUGGUGAUCAAAGUAUUACGCUGCCAGUAUCUGCAAUAUUUUUUAAUGGUAACUUAUCAUCGGACGACUUGGGUGUUGCAAAAUAUAAAUGGACCAGAGAAGAUGCUAGUCUGGCAGCUGGCCAAAUUGUGGCUGACACCGAUAAUCAACCUCUCAUGAUACUUACUAAUCUGGUGUCGGGCCGUUACGUUUUUAAAUUAACUGUUAGUGAUGAACAGGGUUUAACCAGUUCUGAUACGGCCAGUGUAUUUGUACAUCCCGAUCCCAUGUUGCUGAAUCUAGUGCAAUUGACACUGCCCACUAAUAUUUCCAUGCUGACACAUUCUGCUUUAAAUACGAUAGUGCAAAAAAUUGGUUUACUGUUGGGCGACAUGAAGAUUCAAGUAAGGCAAUUGCAGCAUGACACUAGAACAAAUGCAGCUAUAUUGGUAUUUUAUGUUGAGUUGGAAAAUGGUGAGGAAAGGCGUCCUAUGGAUGGUUUGGCCAUAGAACACUUACUAAAGGAUAAAUUACAGCGCGAUGCUUCAAUACUGGGUACCGUGUUUGCUGAUGUGCGUACCGUAGUAUGUCAAAAUAAAUGUUCUGGUCAUGGUGUGUGUAAUGACGACACAAGAGCCUGUUUCUGUGAAGCUUUCUGGAUGCCAUCAUUUGGAUUCUUUUGGGGAUUCGAAGAAGCUAAUUGUGACUGGUCUGUACUUUAUGUAUUUGUGGGAGUUAUUGUAUCGCUACUCAUUCUAUCAGUCAUAUUCUGGGUUAUUGCUGUGGCCUGUAGACAAUCAAAAAAACCCCGUUCCCGACCAAAAGUACAAAAGUACUCCUUAAUUGGUACACAAGAUGAAGAAGCACAAAAUUAUUCUCGUGCCACAUCCUUAACCGAUUCUGAAACUGAUUCAGAUGUUUUAUUUGAAUCGCGUUCAAAGUCAAAUGGCAGCUUGCGCUUAAACGGUACUUCAAAAAAUAAACACAAUGGCCAUGAUCGUGUAAAAUAUCCGGGAAAACAUGGUCGCAAAAUUAAGACGUAAAAAUAUUGUGGUUUAUUAUUUUCUUAUUAUUGAUUGUGAUAGUGUAUUAUGUAUUUUAUUUAAUUACGUACCUAAAUGUAUACAUUCAUAUUUGUAUAUACGUACGUAUGUUUUUUUGUAUAUGUAUGUAUAUGUUCCUUUAAUUUAGUUGUAUGUAUUUAUAUAUUCAUUUAUUUUUUUUUUGUAUAUUUAUCUAAUUUGCACUAACAUAUGUCAUUUUAUUUAAGCUUUUUUGUGUAAUAAUACGCACAUCUAUACAACUUUCCAUUUUAUUUUAAUAAGUUGAAUUAAAUGUGGAAACAAUAAACAUUGCUUUAUUCAUAACAAAAAA